AUGGAAGCCAGCUUGUUUUCACCGAGUUUAAUCAAAGGACUCACAGAUAAAAUAUACGACAGACGCAAAGCAGCUGCUUUGGAAAUAGAAAGACUUGUCAGAGAGAAUGAAGACUCCCAUGAACGCAUCACUCAAAUCGUGGACGCCCUCGUGCAAGAGUUUGUGUACUCCAACAAUCCUUAUGCUCGUUACGGUGGAUUGAUUGGUUUAGCAGCUACUUCCAUCGCCUUGGGCUCUGGCGUUUCAAGAUAUCUUGAUAUCAUUGUUCCACCUAUCUUAUCCUGUUUCAGUAACCAAGAUCAAAAAGUGAGAUAUUAUGCUUGCGAAAGCAUGUACAACAUUGCCAAAGUGGCUAAAGGAGAAGUAUUACGCUACUUUAAUAGCAUUUUUGAUGCUCUAUGCAAAUUAUCCGCAGACUCUGAAAUCAGUGUCAAAAAUGGGGCAGAAUUACUGGAUAGACUCAUUAAAGAUAUCGUAUCUGAAUUAUCCACCACGUAUGUAUCGCCGUACAGUGAACCUUACAAUUCCAUCGAAGCGGGUGGAGCAGAAUUAGCCACCCCUUCCUCUCUCCCUCGCAAUACAGCCUUUUCUUUGCCUCGAUUUAUACCCCUUCUCAGUCAACGUAUCUAUGUUCGGAACUCAGCCGCAAGACAGUUUCUCGUGUCAUGGAUGUGCGUGCUCGACUCGAUUCCCGAUUUAGAGUUGAUUUCGUUCUUGCCCGAAUUCCUCGACGGUUUAAUCCGAUGUUUAAAUGAUGUGAGUGAGGAUGUCCGUAUCGCUACCAACGGACUAUUACAGGACUUUUUGAAUGAAAUCAAAGAAGCGGCUGCAGCAUGCGAAAUUCAGUUGAAAAACCGAAAAAGAACCCAACAGCAGCAGCAGCAGCAGCAGCAGCAGCAGCAGCAGCAGCAGCAACAGAUGACGAGUCAAGAGAUAGAUGAGAGUAGUGACAUCCAUGAUUCAGAGGAUAAAGCUGCAAAGGAAGAUGACGAAAAAAAUGACACCCCAUCCACUGAGACGAUAAAGCAGACAGAAGAGGAGACGCCUUCGAACCUCCUCAAAGAUCCACCAACAAUGCCAGUCGAUAAGGAAUCGAUAGACUCUGAAAAUGAUGGUCAUGGAAAGGGCACCUAUGUACCUGGACAAGGCGUUAUUGUACAAUACGGAAAGAUAGUAGAAAUCCUUGUCCCACAUCUCUCCUCCACCGAGGAAGAUAUACAGAAAACAGCAAUUGCUUGGAUCAAUGCAUUUAUAGAAAUUGCCAAGGAUGUCAUUAUUCAGUAUACCCCGGAAAUCAUCAAGGCCGUAUUACCCUCCUUAGCACAUCCUGUACCUGCGAUACGUCUCAUUGCCCUCGAAACCAACCAAAAACUUCAGAGACUUGUCUUGGAAACACCCAUUCAAUCGCCAGAACCCACCACCAGUAAAAGUGAACCUUCAGGUGGCCAUUAUUUUUCAGAGCAGCAGAGACAACUUUCUCAGCAAAAGAAAAAGACAACAACAACAACAACAACAACAGCAGCAGCAGCAGCACUUUUAUUUUCCAAUGAACCCGGCAGCGCGGCUGCUGACCCAUUCGAUUACCAAGCGACCGUCGCUAAUUUAAGACUCCAAUUUUUGAAUCAGAAUGAGGAAACAAGAGUAGCAAGCUUGGAUUGGCUGCUCAUGCUUCAUAAAAAGGCACCAAAUAAAAUCCUCGCUUCAGAUGACGGUACUUUUCCCGCUUUGCUCAAGACGCUCUCGGACUCCUCGGAAGAGGUUGUACGUCGCGAUCUUCAACUGUUGGCACAAAUAUCCUCCUAUUCGGAUCAUGAAUACUUUCGUAGUUUCAUCAUGUCGCUGUUAUCCUUGUUCAGCACAGACAGACGACUUUUGGAAACGCGAGGAAGUUUGAUUAUUCGACAAUUAUGUUUGAGCUUGGAUUCAGAACGCAUUUAUUGCGCUAUUGCUGAUAUCUUGGAAAAAGACGAAGACCUCGAAUUUGCAAGUAUCAUGAUACAAAACUUGAACAUUAUCCUGAUCACAGCCUCAGAAGUGGCGGAUUUGCGUAAAAGACUGAGAAAUUUGGACUAUAAGGAUAAUCAGCGUCUUUUUAAUACGCUGUAUCGAUCGUGGUGUCAUAACGCUGUAUCUACCUUUUCACUCUGUUUAUUAUCACAAGCUUAUGAACAUGCGGCCAACAUGCUUCAACUAUUUGCGGAAUUGGAGAUUACUGUCAAUAUGCUUAUACAAAUCGAUAAACUAGUGCAAUUACUGGAAUCCCCAGUGUUUACAUACCUAAGACUUCAAUUGUUGGAACCUGAAAAAUACCCUUAUCUAUUCAAAUGUCUCUACGGCAUCUUGAUGUUGUUACCUCAAUCUUCUGCAUUUUCAACCUUACGUAAUCGUCUCAAUAGUGUCUCCUCUCUCGGUUUCCUUCAUGUGCUGCCUAAAAGCAAUCGUUCAACGCCCUCUUCAGCCACUUUAUCCGAUAAAAAACAGCAAAUGAAAGCCAAGAUCGAUGAGAACAGUAGUGCCAUCAAAUUUCAAGAACUGUUGGCACAUUUUAAAAGCGUUCAGUCAAGACAUGAAAAACAAAGAAGACAGUCAAUGCAGAAUAGCUCGCGUAUCAAUAUGGCAAGUUCUUCCUUUCAAAAUAGCAAUAUCAUUACCAAUAAUGUGAAUAGUGCAUCAGCAAGAACACGGCGGCCUCGUUUAAUUUAUAAUAAUGAAGCACAACAACAGCAACAACUAUCACAAUCGCAACAAGCCGUCGCCAUGAUGAACAAUAGUACCGGUGGCGGUAGUGGUGGCGGCGGUAUAUUGUCGUCUCAUUUGAUGGGUACAAGUGGAAUACGCACGGGGAUGGCAAGUCUUGGUUUAGCGUCUACACCGUCCAACGCCUCUUCUUCCUCUCCCUCUACCAUCUUGAAAGUCGAUGAUAAAAGCGGCUUGAACAACACCACAGGUGCACCCACGCGCAUGGGAAAUGAAAGCAACAUCAAUGUGAGUACAGGCACGUCCACAGGCAGUGCAUCGCGAAUAGCCGCUCCUAGUAGUACAAGAAAAAGUCGAAGGCCCUAA